UGUUAUUUACUAUGUACAACUGCAGGUCUAAACAGGUAUAGAUCUACGCAUUGCCGCAGUGAUGGGCGUAUCCAGAGCAGAAAUUUGUUGAUAUCACUAACUAGACAGCAGCAUUGUCAAAUUUAGCCAAACAUUUCACUUCAAGUUUUGAUCAAAGUUUUACAAUGGCAGCAGGAAAGUGACAGAUUUAUCAGCAACGAAAACAGGUCAUCAUGUGAUUGUGAAUUCUAGGGCUGAGAAAUAUGGACAAGAGAAAGUGAUUAUUCGGAGGUAUAGAAUGGAAAACUUGGAUUCAUCAUCACAGUAACCCAUGACAUCAGUGAUCGUGAGGUAGUUAUUCUUUAGUGUUUUUUUACAUUACUAAAUGUUUAACAAUUAUAUACUACUGGAUGGGACCGCAAAAUCAAAGUUUUCAUUUCAAUCUUUACAUAACAAACUCUAAUUUGUGACGUUUACUGAUAACAAUACAUUUAUACAAGAACAACAAACAUCUUCAAGACUUCAACAAAUAAUUAAGCUUUUUAUCAAAAUGGCAACCCCUAUAAGCCAAAUGCCUCUCCGUAUCAAAGGUCAAACGACAUGUAAUCACCACAAGGGGAGACAACUAGAAUUUUAUUGUGAAAAAUGUCGGGAACUGGUCUGUGCAAAAUGCCUUUCUUCUAUUCACAAAAUCCAUCCAGUUUGUGAGCUAAGUGAAAUCACUCCUCAGAAAGAACCAGACAUUAAAAACUUCAUUGACAGAACAGAAAAAGAUGACCUUGUACAAAUUGGGAAAUACAUCAACUCUACUGAUACGCUCCUUAAAGACAACACCAGUACUUUUGAGAAGCUGUCACAAAAGUUAACAAUGCAAACGGAUAAAAUAAAACAAGAACUGGACAGGCUAACAUCACAGACACUCUCCCUUUACCACAAAAUGGAAGAGGAUAAUACCAAGCUGAUAAAGAAAUACAAACAGGACCUGGAGAUGUACGAGAAGCAACUCAAACAACAAAUUCAAGAAUGCAAAGCAGCUCUCCAGCGGGGUUCACACUUACAGAUUUAUGAUUCAUUUUGUGAGAUCUGUUCUCCUACAUACAGUCUCCCUGUAAAACCUGUCCUGGGUACUGCCAACUUCACUCCAAAUGAAAAUCCUCAAGAUCUUUUGAAAAAAGCCUUGGGAAAAGUGAUCACCUCAGGUCAAGGUCAAACUUUGACUCACCAGGAUCAGUCAGUCUCAAUGUCUGAUGAUUUGAGACAACCCUCUACACAACAACAACGGUCAGAAACAAAAGCGAAGAAAGCAGUGACAACAUACAAACUACUGCCACUGACCAAGGUAGUGGAGGAGUGGAAGUCUCCAUGUGGCAUUGGUUCUUUAUGUCCCACCACUGAUGGUCAGGUGUGGACCACGGACCAGCUGUUCAUAUUAACUCUCCUGGACAGGAAGGGUAAAGUAAUACAGAAGGUCGAACACAAUGUCAGGAUCAAUGACAUCAGUCUGUCACACACCACACACACACUGUGGGUCUGUGAUAAACAAAACAACAUCAUGGAGCUGGUAUCAGGACGACUGACACACAGAUUCAGCACCAAGGAGGAACCCUGGUGUAUAUGUGUUACAGCCAGUAACCAUGUCAUUGUAGGGAUGGACAGACAAAUCUCCAAAUUUACCACAAAUGGUAAAAUGGUGUGUACUACUUUGGCUAAAGAGACUGGGAAACCAUUAGUGUGUUCACCAUUCUGGAUCACAGAGUGUCCUGUCACUCACAAUGUGGCAGUCGCUGAUUUCAGUAGUGAAAGUGAUGGUGGUGAUGGAAAUGGACAUGUUGUUGUGAUGGACACUGAUUUCACUAAGGAGCUGUUUGUAUAUAGAGGUGACAUCCCCAGUACAUAUAAACUAACACCACAAACAGGAGGUGAACCAUUUGAACCCCGUGGUGUGGUGUAUGACAGUGUGGGGAACCUGAUCAUAGGGGACUGUAACAACUACAGGGUCCUACUCAUCAGUGGAGGUGGUGAGUUCCUCAGGGUCAUUCACACAGACACAAUCCAUAAAUGGGAUGUAGGUGUAGACAGGGAGGAUGUCCUUUGGGCAGUGUUUAGUGGUCGCAAUGUCAAACUACUACAGUACAGCAGUGUGCGACACCUGUAACCAAACAACUAGUAUAACUAGUUACCAUGACAACAACAUGGAAAUCAGAGACAAAGGAAACGUAUCAUGAUUACCAAUCAGCGAAAGAUGUGUGACAUUCACAGGAUUAUAAAUAAAAUGUCUAGACUACAGAUUCUGUAACAUUCACAUGAGUAUGAGUAAAUUGUCUAGACUACAGAUUGUGUGACAUUCACAGGAUUAUAAGUAAAAUGUCUAGACUACAGAUUGUGUAACAUUCACAUGAGUAUAAGUAAAUUGUCUAGACUACAGAUUGUGUGACAUUC